AUGAGGAAGAGGUGGUUAACUGCUCCAGCGCUUCGCGUUGAUUCUGGGGAUGGAAUAAUUCGAACUCAGCUCAGCCCGCAACGGCAUCGAGAAAGACGCCAGACGCUGUUCUACUUGGACCGCAGCAAUGGUAGCAUGGAUCUCAAAGGGGAGCAUGUCGUACACACAUGCAUCAUCAUCGACGAGGCCAGCGGUAACCCCAUCGGCCUUUCAGAGCUCGUGACCAACGGCGAUUCCAAAGUAUCCGACUUUUUGAAUCAUCUCAAAGUCCAUCCGAAGAUCAAUCUUCGUACCGUCACCCCACCUGAAGCACUACACAAUCUGCCACCAGAGCUGGCCCUCCUUAGACUUGAUGGAAAUACUCCAAACAAGCUACGCCGAAUCAGGGCUGAUUGGCGUGUCGUCAUCGACGAUUGUUCUGCCCACUAUGGAACCACACGCCUUUCAGAGCUCAGAGAUGCUCACAUCGACUCGGACAACAAGCUUUUCAUCGUCGCGUUUUGUGCUAUCAAACACUCGGCCGAGUCGACCCUUCAUACGAAUACGAUCGAAGAGAAUACGGUGGGCCGUAGGGGUCACAAGCAUCCACACAUACACCGUUCGCCCCAUCCGUCAGUUGCUACGUCUAUUCGGUCGAAGCUCAACCCCCCGUCCACCAGCGCAAUGAACGCCCUUCUAAUGCAAAGUGAACGGUCAACUCGCCCCGACGCAGUCUACGACGGUCGCCCGGCUGGCAUUACGGGUCCAAGCAUUGCAAUAUACCACCCCAUCUUCACGAGAUUCCAACAACGCUUCAGCCAGCCUCCUUCAAUAGAUGAUAUACCUGAGACAGCCUUGACCGAUGCCUAUGCCUUCAUCGUGAAGAGUGCAGAAUAUUACGCUUCGGAGCCUGUGCGUCAGUCCGCUAUUGCGCCAGUCGUAACACCACUGUUAGGACCUUGGGCUGUCUUUCGGGAGGUGACACUCCAUUACGGGAGUAUGUCCUUCAAGCCUGACGGUCAUAGGUCAGUGGAGUGCGGUGUCUUCCUCCGUUAUGACCCAGGCCGCCAGCUGAUGCUAAACCUUAUCGCCGAGGUCAAGAAUGGGAUUGGAUUAGGUGGCCGAGAUCCAAUAGAGCAGGCAGCCAAGGCUUACCUCAUAGUUGUAACGGCGUCUGAGCUUGGAAAGUUACGCGCUACAUCCUGCAUGCCCGCCUUCCUGUUAGGCAUAAGCGGCCCCAACAUCACUGUCUCCGGAGCCAUCUAUGUCGAGGGAGUCAUAACGGAGCGGUUAACCGACAUCAUCUCUCUCGUGCCCGUUUUAUCCUCACAGGAACCAUUGGGGCAUCCAUCAGCGCGCGACCAGCUUGCAUACCGUAUCGCCCAUCUUUUCAUAUGUCUCCGGGAAUGUUUAGACCAACUAGCCGACGAAUACACCAAUAUGCCCUCCCUCCCUGCUGCUGACCAUCUUACGUUGGUCCCGUGCCCACAUUUUUCCUCAUUCCGCGCCGACGACUUCGAUUAUAAACUCAUCUACCGCCAUCGCCUCUUCGCAAGUCGCAGCGAGCGAGCGGUAUUCUUUGCUGAGGCGCAGUCACCCGGCCAGCUGCCGAAGGACUGCGUCGUCAAGUUUGCCUCGCGUUACUGCGCGGAGGCCCACAACAUCGCCUACACCGCCGGCGCGGCCCCCCGGCUCUUGUACUGCGCGUUCGAGCCAACAGUCGGCAAGUUCUGUGUCGUCACCGAGUUUGUGGAGGAGAAGGCGAGCGCGCAGCUGACGGCUGACGGCGUCCAGACGCUGCGGGAUGCGGUAAACGCGCUGCACGCGCACGCACUCGUCUUUGGCGAUCUGCGUGACGCGAACGUUCUUGUGGAUUCCCGCGGCAAUCCCCACUUGAUUGAUUUCGAUUUCGACUGGAGCGGUGCGGAAGGUGCAGUGCGCUAUCCGCUCGACCUCAACACAGCGGGCAUCGAUUGGGCACCAGGCGUGCGCCCAGGCGCGAAAAUUACGCGCGAGCUUGAUGGAGCCAUGUUGGAGAAGCUGUUAACGACUAUUUCCUAG